UCCUUUGUCCUGCCUGUCAUCUUUCUUAAAGCAGAGGCCAUGCCUAUCCUAUCUAUCCUGUCCAUGAUCCAGAAUAGUCCGAACGAAGAAUGUGGAAACCAAAAAAGGGAAAAUACUCCUACUGAAAUAAUUAUUUGUUAUUUUUAUAUUUGACGCUCUCGCGACUUUAGAUAUAAGAUAGAUAAAUGGGUGGUGGAUGGGUACUGGAUGUGGGUAGGAGGCAAGAUAGAUGGAUAGAUAGAUGGGUAGUACGUACUGUACUGUGUACUGUACUGGACUGUACUGUACUGUACUGGACUGGACUGUACUGUACUGUACAUACGGCGGCAGAUGCACAGGCGGGAGGGCGGAGGUGGAUAUGCACGGCGAGCGAGCGACAGCAACCCAGCGAGCGUUGCGGGGCACUAAUUACUGUAAGACUGCUGUGUGUGUGUGUAUGGCUGGUGCUUGCUUCUCCAUUCCUCCAUCCUUCAUUCCUUCAUUCCUCCAUUCCUUCAUUCCUCCAUUCCUUCAUUCCUUCGUCUGUACCCACUCUAUCCAUUCCAUCCAAUCACAUCCAUUCCAUCCAUUCCAUCCAUUCCACCCAUUCCAUCCAAUCACAUCCAUUCCAUUCAUUCUGCUCGUGUCCAAUCACAUCCCCCCGUUUUCACACAGACGCAACCAAUCAUACUGCUUCGUUUCCAUACUAAGCGAUCCAAUCACAGCCCGUCUAAUGCUACCUGUUGUGUUGCAUGGCGUCGGCGGGAUUGUAUUGCGCUUUAUCUAGAGUGCUGUACGGAUGGUGAGAUUGAUAUUGAUGGCUA